AUGGCCAGAAGACCUGCGAGAUGUUACAGAUACUGCAAGAACAAGCCAUACCCAAAGUCCCGAUUCAACCGUGGUGUGCCAGACCCUAAGAUCCGAAUCUUCGAUCUGGGACGAAAGCGUGCCAAUGUCGACGAGUUCCCUCUUUGCGUCCACAUGGUUUCCAACGAGUACGAACAACUGAGUUCCGAAGCACUCGAAGCCGCCCGUAUCUGCGCCAACAAGUACCUCGUCAAGAUUGCCGGAAAGGAAGGUUUCCAUCUCCGAGUCCGAGCUCACCCGUUCCACGUCGUCCGAAUCAACAAGAUGUUGUCCUGUGCCGGUGCCGAUAGACUGCAGACCGGAAUGAGAGGUGCUUGGGGCAAGCCAAACGGCAGUGUCGCUCGCGUCAACAUUGGCCAAAUCCUGAUGUCCGUCCGAACCCGAGACUCCCACCGAGCUACUGCCAUCGAGGCUCUUCGACGAUCCAUGUACAAGUUCCCUGGUCGCCAAAAGAUCAUUGUCAGCAAGAACUGGGGCUUCACUCCCCUUCGACGGGAUGAGUAUGUCAAGUUGAAGCAGGAGGGCCGAGUUUUGAUCGACGGUGCGUAUGUUCAGUUCCUGAGGAACCGGGGCAAGAUCGCAGACAACAUGCGCCGUUUCCCCCAGGCCUUCCAGGUCGCUGCGGAGGCAUAA